CCGGAAGAUAUAUUCUAGACGGAGAAGAGUGCAAAUCGAGAGGGACACAGCAGACGAAAUUUCCUGUGAAAGGUUCCUCACGCGGAGGAACCCGUCUAGACGGGAUCAUGAGCAUGAUGGCAUGACUUGAGCAAGCAACAGCAGAUGAUGACAUCUGACACCGCCAGUAACCCUGGAGGGUCAUGGGGUUACGUGGUUGGUGUAGCUGCAUUUAUGAUCCAGUUUGUGAUCUUUGGUAUUGCCACAUCUUUCGGUGUAUACAACAUUGCCUUGAUUGUGCACUUCCAAUCUUCAGUUGCUGCCACAUCCAUGAUUGGUGCUUUCAACAUUGGACUGCUGCUUGGAGGAGGACCGUUAGCCAGCUAUCUGAUGAGGAAGAUAAGUUACAGGAAAGUGUCUUUCCUGGGAUCUUUCCUCAGCACUAUAGGUCUCCUCCUCUGUCCCUUGGCACCGAACAUCAUCUAUCUGGAUGUAUUUUACGGUGUCGUAACAGGUAUUGGUUUUUGUCUGGUGUAUGUGCCAUCACACACCCUCUCAGGUCUGUAUUUUGACAAGCACCGUAGCCUGGCUACAGGAAUAGUGACCAGUGGAUCGGGUCUAGGAGGAGCUGUCUUCCCAUACAUCUCCAACUUCCUCAUCAAUGAAUAUGGAUGGAAGGGUGCCAUUUUAAUCACGGCUGCUAUCAACAUGAACACUUUUGUAUUUGCUGCAUUGCUUCUACCUGUUCCUGUCUCUAGAAAAACCAAGGAUGCUGAUGUUCCACAAGGAGAUGAGUUGGUAGUCAUGCUGACGGAUACAGCUAAUGAAGUAGUUUAUGAAUCGGCACAAAUGUUAAAUCAAAAUGGUAACAUGGAGAACAAACACAGGGGUAUCAAUGAUACUUUAAUGGAAACAGAACCAGUCUCAAACUCCAAUGAAAAUAUGAGGACAAACUCAGAGCAAUAUAAAAGAGAAAUAAGAAGAAAUGAUUAUGCUUUAACAUCUAAAAGUAUAACAUCAGAAAAGGAAACAAAAACAUGUUACGUUUUAUGUAAUGUUGUUUUCUUGAUUUACUGCAUCAACAAUAUUUUUUGGAACAUGGGUUUGUCAAUGGUAUUUGUGCUUGGUCCAGGAUACUUUACAGAGUUUGAAGUUACUGUUAAGGAAUCCACCAUUUGCUUAAUGUGUUUCAAUGCAGCCAUCACUGUGGGUGGGAUUGUUGGAGGAGGAGUUGGCAACCUCCGUUGUAUCAACAGGAUGGCCUUAUACAUCAUGGCUAACUUCACUACUGGCCUGUUCAUUUUGAUGCUUGCAUUGCCUUUUAUGCACACAUUCCUGGCGAUAUGUUUUGACAUGUUCAGCAUGGGCAUAGUGUUUGGGAUCAUCUUGGGACUACUGGUCGUUGUAACAGCUGACAUAUUGGGAGUACAGGCACUUGGAGAUGGCAUGGGUUAUCUUCUACUUGCAAAUGGAAUUGGCAAUACAGUUGGACCACCCAUUGGCGGCUGGAUAAAGGAUAUGACAGGCUCGUGUACCUUGGCGUUCUAUCUGGCUGGGAUUGCCGCUUUGGUGGGUGGAGGUGUCAUGCUGAUUGCUCCUGUAUGGGAGUACUGUAUGUCCAAGACCAAACAUCCAGCAGAAGAGACACGAGAACAGAGAUGAAGGUCUGAUGACAAGUCCUUAAAUAUAUCAUUUGUACACACAAGAUUUUGUGUAUGUUAUAUGGAAAGAGAAAAGGCUUAUUAUUAUAUUGAAAGUGAAAAGAGUCAAGAAUUUUCUAUUUUAAAUCAUGUGAAUUGAUGUUUUCAUAUAUUUGUAUGUUCAUUUACUGCCUCUUGUAAUUUGGUAAGAUCUGUAUUAGAAUGUAGCCGUACUAUGGCACCUUUCCCACCAAUAGAAAUCUCAACGAUGAAAACUAAUAAUCCAUGUAAGCAUAUUUGAAAAUCUUGGCCUUGGUAACUCUCAAAGGUGAUGAAAUGUGACAAAAUUAUUCCAUGGCUCUUGUUGUAGACAACUACCUCUCUGAAACUAACUCAUUUAAAUAAGAAAUGCCAAAAUAAAAAAGAUUACAGUUUUGUGAUCAACAUUGAACUCAAUAGUAAUUCGAAGUGUAAAAGAGUAGAAUUUACAACCUGAUGGCUUUAGCAGAUGUAAACACAUUUAAGAAAAGACUUGCAUUUCUGAAGACUCUAAGCAUUUCUGAAGACUCUAACCAGGAAAUAAAUGCUUGAGUAUGAGGUUCUUAGGUUCUGGUAUCAUACAGAAAAAAAAAUUGUGUUUUUAUAAUCCCUACAGGUAUUUUGUACCUAAAGUCAAUGGCUGUUACAAGGAUUAUAUCAGGUAUAAAUAGUUUAACCACAAGAGAAACACUAUCACAUGCAGAUGCACAUACUUAAAUGAUCUUAUAUAUAGCUCUUAUUAUAUAAUAAUUUCUGAACCUAAUAACAGUUUGUGGAAAGCAUACUUUUCAUAAAAAUAAACACAUGUAUUGUUGAUAGAUCAAUCUUGUUUAUAGCUCCAAGCAAAUCAAUCUAGUCCCAAAUCUUAUCAAAUGUAUGCUGAAAGCAUAGUUUAAAAAUAAUAUACAUUGUUUGUUUACAAAAUCAACCUAGAAAUCUGAAGUCACAAAAAAGCAGAUUUAAUCAAUUGUUAUUAACUCACUUUACAGUUUAACUUUCACUGUGGCAGUGUUUCUUCCAUUCCAGAAUAUUUAAUAUCAUUUUAUUUGAAGCAUCCAUUGUCCAGGGAAAUAAAAAAAAAAAAAAGGCUACAUUAAAUUAAUUUUGAAUCAUUAUGGCCCAAAGGCCAAGGCUUAUGCUGUGGCGCUGCGUCCAUCCGUCGGCAAUCCGUCCGUCAACUUUUUCAUGUAAACAACAUGAUGACUUCUUUUUACCAGUAAUAACCAAAAGACUUUGAAGCAAGAUAAUUACGAGAACGGUUCCUUGGAUGAAACCCGACAAAGUGUGCGAAAAGAAUUGACCUUAACCCAUAUUCAAGGUCACGGGGGUCAAAUCAGUUAAAACAUUUUAAUGACUUCUUCUCAAUAACCAAGAGGCCCAGGACUUUAUAUUGGGCAUGAAGAAUGCUGGAGUCAUGGCAACUAAAUUAGUGAAAAUGAAUUACCUUGACCUACAUUUAAGGUUACAGGUGUAAAAAAGGGUAAACAUUUUAAUCAACAUUUUCUCAAUAACCAAGAGGCCCAGGGACUUAAUAUUGGGUAUGUAGCAUGCUUGGGUGAAGGGAUUCCAAGUUUGUACAAAUGAAAGACCUUGACCUACAUUCAUGGUCACAAGGGUCAAAUAGGGUUAAAUGUUUACAAGAUUUCUCCUUAAUAACCAACAGGCCCAGUGACUUGAUAUUUUGUUCCUACAUUCAAGGUUACAGGGUUCUAAUAGGCUGAAACAUUUAAACAACUUCUUCUCAAUAACCAAAAAGCUCAGGGACUUGAUAUUUGGUCUGUAGCAUGCAGGAAUGAAGGCUAGGAAGUUUGUUGAAAUGAAUGACUUUGACCAAGAUUUAAGCUUGAAAUAGUUAAAUUGGCCAAUAUAUUUAAAGACGCCUUUCUAUGUAACUGCUAGGCCAUGAGAUCUUAUAUAUGGUCUCUGAUACACUUGUUCUUAUUGAUGUAUAAGCAUAAAAAGGAUCACAGGAUAGCAGGUGAGGGAUUCAGACCCAUUGGGCCCUUGUACCUUUACGGGUCAUGGUGGAGUACUGUUAUUAUUAUAUAAACAGUAACAGCUGGAAAUGAUAUUGCAGGAAAUAACCUCUCCAUUGGUACAAACUGAUGAUGAUCUGUUGAGUGGAAAAGAAGUAUUUGAGGAGUAUAUUUUUAUAUUUUUCAAAGAUACCUCAAGAGUUAAACUCCACAGUAAUUUUUAGGUGUGUUGUGUUGUUAUAACGAUCAUUUUUUGGUACUUUAUAUCCACAGUUUUGUGUGCUUAAAAAACUUGUGCAUAAUACAUGUAUAUUGCCAUAUUAUUGUUAUUUUUAAUUGUUCUUGACAGUUGUUAGUCAUAUUUGAUCGCAAAGUUAUUGUUGUGUUAGUAUUAUAUUAUUGUAGAUUCUUUGUGUCAUAAGUGAUAUCAGUAUACAUAUAUUUUAAAGAUUUUUUACAAUUUAUGCUAGUCAUGUUUUAGUAUCUGAAACCAAAGAGUUAAUUAGUCACAUCACAGGCUUCUAAAAAAAAGGAUCUUUACUUAUACCAAAUGAUAAAAGUUUCAUGACAAUCAAUGUCAACAAUAAUAACAAUUUUGUUUUAAUUGUGUUUAUUAACCUUUGUGGUGCUGAAUUGUCUUCAAUUAGGAUGGCAUUGAGUGCUGAUUUGUUUCAAAAACAAUUUUUUACAAACCAUUUUUUUUUCUUCAUGCUAAAAUAUCAAGAAUGAUCCAAAUGAUAUGUUCCAGACAUUCAAUGGCGGUUUGAAUGUCAAUUUUAUGUAAAAUUUAGCACUUCGUCUGCUAAGCCUGAAAAGUGCAAACUUUACAUGAAAAAACAACACAAGUCCAAAAAACACAAUUAAAAAUAUUAUUUAAUUCUUUAAGAUAUCUUUUAUCUACAUGAGUAAAUAGCACAUAUCUUUUAUUUUAUCAAUAACAAUAAUUAUAACUGAAAUGAUUAAUGGAAUAUGAAAUUUUAUUUCUCAAGGGAGAUAAUUUGAAAUGUUUUUACUCAAGGGAGAUAAUCUGAUUUUUUUUUUUAUUAAAGAGAAAUAACCAUUGUCUUAUCCAGGAAGUUGCAUUUCACUGCAUUUUCAGCUCCUAGAGCUAUUAUAUAAUUACUCCUGAAACUAAACCACAUAUUUAAUAAAGUAAUUUCAUCUGGUAUAAAUUGAACUUUAUAUAGUUCAUAUAAUAAAAUACAUGUUAUACAGAGUGUAAAUAUAAGUUUAUGAUAUAUAUAUACAUGUCUAUUUAUAUGUGUGUGCAUAUGUAUAUCAAUGAAUCCUUAAAUCUGACAUUUCCUUAUUGUAAUACUGAUCACAAAACUUUUUUGUAGAGUUACAAUGUAACUAAAGUUAAUUUAGCAGACAGCACUAUUUCAAAACUUACCCGAGAUCUCAGCAGCAGAGACCAGUUGACUCACAAGCUGUCGUCUGAAAAGCCUGUGCAAUACUGGGUUGGCUGUCUGUUGUUAGUACAAGAUGUACGAGUUGAGCACAGCAAGACCAAGCAUGUGGAAGAAGACCUUUUUCCACUAUUUUAGUGUCCUUCUGUCAAAUCCAGCAUAUGCCACCAUCUGGUCGCAUCUGUCCACAGCACCCAUGUUGUGGUUGUACUCUAAUACACAGUCGGGCUUGGCAAUCAAGUUCCCCUCUGAAUCCCUCUUUGCAGUGUUGACCAUUUUUCCUUAAUAGCAGCAAUAUGGAGAAUAUUUUAACCAAGUAUGAUGAAUUUAUUGUUUCAUUGAAUUUCAUAAUAGGUCAAAUAAUUACAUGUCUUAUCAUAAUAAAAUUACCAUAAUGAUAUCAAUAACUUAAUAUUUGAAUCAACACAGAGUUCAGAAGGAUAUGUUUGUUCAAUGUUUCAAACUGGCACUGAAAUCCAAGAGCAUUUUACAUGGUCCUAUUUUUAAUGACGCGAUACAAUUGAUUGUAUUGUCAUAAUGAUCUUGUUAAGUUGUUACAUUAUGUUAGCAAUGUUUUACCAUGUUUGUUGUGUU